GCCAACCCUGUCACCGACAAGGUUAGUUUCCACUUGGUUCGAAUAUUCGCUGCCGAACUUGAAAUUAGGCGCGAGUCCAGAAGAGCGUCAAUGCGCGAGGUUACAAAAAUAUCGUCUAGAAAUGGCGACGAAAACGGGGGAGACUCCUGUUUAUAAUGGCCCGUACAGCUUGUCAAUUGGCUGAGCCUGCAGAGAUUGCAGAGUUUAGACCCGGAGAUGCCAUCUAAUUCGCUGCUUAGGUUUGGUCCGAUGGUCUCCGAAGCCGGGAAUUGGGAACCACCAAGACCAGCAGGACCCAGAGAGUAGCGGGCCAUUCCCUGACGUGAUACUUGGCGCUCCCGGGUCCUGACUUUCCUUAAGGUGUCUUCGGGGGACCUUGUGUUGGGUUCGUUGGAUGAGGGAGGAAAGAGUAAGGAAGCUUUGAGGUUUACUCGAGAGUGAGCAGCGAACAAAGCAGCAAAAGUCUGCAGUGUACAUACAACGACCACAACGACCACAACAACAAAAAACAAUUCCUUACUUUCAGACGAGAAUCAGACAGAUAUCAGACCAAAGCCGGGCAAGGAAGACCCAGCUUUUUUGAUUUUUUUUCCCUCUUGUGUCUUUUUUUUCAUCUUUUCUUCUAUUACUUUUUUUUCUUCAUCACGGCUUGAAAGUAUUGUUUCUUGUUUUACACAAACAUAGUCACUCUCUUGUCCGGUGGUGGUCUCUCCCUAUUGUUGUGAUCAACACCACACCAUCUACACUACACUUGCACUCCCUUGCAACACUCCCUUGCAACACCCCCCAAACAAGCAAACAAAAAGAAAAAAAGAAAAAGAAAAAGAAGCUCAAUUAUACACACCGGUACACCAACACCACCACAAUGUCACCCCCUGAACAUACGCCACAAUCCCCAGCUGACUUGGCUUCAUGGCUCGAGUCAAAAUACUCCGUCACGCCCAAUGGGUUCCUACCGUCGGCAGAACCACUGGCAGUCCUACCAGACGCCUACUAUCAGCCCUGGGAGACACUUGCAUCUUCCCUGCCCAAGCUCCUGCAGACCAAUAGCUUCAGGGCCCAUGUCGACGCGGAGUUGCCCGUGCUCUCCACAUCCCGGCUGCAGGCCGAACAGGAGUGGAGGCGCGCCUAUCUUAUCCUGACCUUUGCGACCCACGCCUACAUCUGGGGCGGAGACAAGCCCUCGGAGCACCUGCCGCCCCAGAUCACCGUGCCGCUGCUCGACAUCUCCAGGCAUCUCGAUCUCCCCCCGGCGGCAACAUAUGCGGCAACCAACCUGUGGAACUUUCGCACCACUGCCGAGGGUGCCCCCUUUAGCGACCUUGACGCCAUCGAGUCGUUGAUCACCUUUACCGGGACCCCGGACGAGUCUUGGUUCUACGCCGUCAGCGUUGCCCUCGAGUGUGAGGGCGGCAAUGUGAUACCCGCCAUGAUCUCGGCCAUGAACGCCAUACCAAACAACGACCUGGCCGCCUGUAGGCAAAACAUUGCCGCGCUGCACAAGCUCAUGGCGUCUAUCCGCAGGGUCGGAGACAUUCUCGACCGCAUGCACGAGCGGUGCGGGCCCGACGUCUUUUACCAUGCCAUCCGGCCCUUCCUGGCUGGCAGCAAGAACAUGGCCGAUGCCGGCCUCCCGCGCGGCGUGCUCUACGAUCAAGGCGACGGCCAGGGCGACUGGCUGGGUCUCAGGGGCGGGAGCAACGGACAGAGCAGUCUGAUUCAGUUUUUUGACAUAGUGCUGGGGGUCGAGCACAAGGCGACCGAGAACCAGAACUCGGACCUCAAGAAGCGCGAGGACCAGGAGCUUCCCUUCCACGAGGAGGUGCGCGCCUACAUGCCGGGCCCGCAUCGACGCUUUCUCGAAUACGUAAGAUCCCUGCCGAGCAUCCGCGACUUUGCCCUGCAGCCGAUGGAGACGGACGAGGCCACCGGGGAGCAGGAGGACGAGGAGGACCACGAACUCAUGGCGGAGCGCGGCCUGCUGAGGAGCACCUUUACGCGGGCCACCCGGGUGCUGGCCGGCCUACGCAACAAGCACCUGCAGAUCGUGGCCCGCUACAUCAUCCUGCCCUCGCGUAGGCAACAGCAGCAGGUCCGGUCCGGACUGGGUCAGCAGCCAGGUCAGAGGAACAUUGGCUUGGCCGGCGUGGCGUGGCGCGAGCCGCCUCAGAACCCGGUAGCGGUCCCCAACAAUGAUGUAGACGGGGCUGCCAAUGGUGGUGGUGCUGGUGGUGGGGAGCGCAAGAGGCGCAUGUCAGAGACUCAGCUCACGGGCACAGGUGGAACAGCCCUGAUGCCUUUCCUCAAGCAGGUCCGGGAUGAGACGGUACGGGCUGGCCGACCGGAUGAGGUGGCCAUUGAGGCGUAGGCUCUCUGCUUUUUGUCUGGCUUUUAUCUGCUUUUUCUCAUGGGUUUCUUUUUUUUCUUCAUGACUUUUGCGGCAUUGCAUGGCGAACUGGGAAUAGCGGUCCGUGGAGAUUGCUCGUUCGGCGUUCCGGUUACAUUGGGAAUACCACCACUCGAGCAUACCUCAGGAAUUCUUGGUAGCAAGCAUUUUGUUUUUGGACUUGGAUUUUUGCAUUUGGUCCUUUUCUUUUUUUCCCCCUCCAAGUGUCAUGUCCCACACUGGUUUAGUCUAGACUAGCUGUACAGAUAUGGUCUGAAACA